GUCCCUCCACGUCCUCGGUCCUCGACACCCCUUUCUUCACCGUCUUCUCCGUUCUGCGAGGCUUCUGGCUCAGCCUCUAACGCUGCUCGCCUUUCUCUUGUCUCAGUGCUAGAUCACGACCGUCCUCGACGCUUCACCCUCAUCUGUACGACGUCUCGCUUAUCCCACUUUGACACCACGCUUUUCGGUCACUGCGCCUGCCGACCUCGUAGACCCACGCUCCUUUCUCCUGCUGCUCGCGCACACCUUCACUCUGGUCGCAAUAUCAUCUCAGACGUUCAUGCCAUGCUAGAAGACAAGUACAUCGGCCUUGCGCUUGCUGUCUCGAGCUCAUUAGCCAUUGGCACGAGCUUCAUCCUCACCAAAAAGGGUCUCAAUCAAGCAGGCGAAACCUCCACGUACGCCUCCGCGUCUGACAACUAUGCUUACUUCCACAAUCCAUUAUGGUGGGCGGGCAUGACAACUUUAAUCCUUGGUGUAGUCGCGAAUUUUGCAGCGUAUACCUUUGCGCCUCCUAUACUCGUUACACCUCUCGGUGCACUCAGUGUCAUCAUUGGGGCAAUAUUGGCAUCUUUCCUGCUACAUGAAGAGCUAGGUCACCUGGGACGCUUAGGAUGCUCCCUAUGUCUAUUGGGUUCCCUCAUCAUAGUGCUGCACGCGCCGCCAGACAAGGACGCUAAGACAGUAGACGAAAUUCUGCAAUAUGCUCUACAUCCAGGAUUUAUGUUGUACUGCUUCACGGUCCUCGUGUUCAGCCUUGUGAUGAUCUACAUGGUAGUACCGAAGUACGGCCGGACGAACCCGAUAGUAUAUAUCUCGAUAUGCUCGCUUGUCGGCUCCAUAUCUGUUAUGGCGAUCAAGGGCUUCGGCGUCGCCGUCAAGCUGACGCUUGCGGGGAACAACCAGUUCUCGCACAUAAGCACUUACGUCUUCGGCAUCACCGUCGUGGGUUGCAUCCUCGUUCAGAUGAACUACUUCAACAAGGCCCUCGACACCUUCUCCACGAAUGUCGUAAACCCGAUGUACUACGUCGGCUUCUCCACGGCGACGAUCGUCGCCUCCGUCAUCCUCUUCCAAGGCUUCAACACCGACGACCCCGCCAACUCCAUCUCCCUCCUCGCCGGCUUCAUCACCACCUUCCUCGGCGUCCACCUCCUCGAGAUCUCCCGCAAGCCCGACCCCGGCGCUCUCCCCGGGGGCCACCACCCGCACUCCGCCCUUGAGUCCGGCUUGAUGAACCCUCGCCUGAGCAUACACGGGCGAAUGUCGAUCGACGGGUGGAACGGCGCGGCGGGGACGCCCAUCGGGAGCACGAUGCCCGUCCCGUGGAACACCCCGGCGAACGGGCACGGGGGGCACGGCAGGCGGAGUUCGCUGUACCGGAACCAGACGCAGACGCUCUUCCAGGCGUUCGAGGAGGACGAGGACGAGGAGCGCGCGGACGGGAUGGGGCUGGACACGCUGCACGAGGCGGAGGACGACGAGCUCGAGGCGGACGAGCGGACCGCGCUGAGGAAGGGGCGGAGCGGGCGGUUCGGGUUCGGGAUGGGGAACGGGCACGGGAGGGCGCGCGCGUCGCGGAGUCAGAGCGGGAGCCAUACCCCGAGGGAGACGCGCUCGCCGCGAGGAUGAGGGAUGGGGAGAUGGGUGCGUGUGCAUAUGAUUGUCGCGCAUCUUUGCUUGCUUGCUUUCGGACUUGUCUCUCAUCCUCCUGGCAUCCUAAGGCACUGCCACCACGCUCUAAUUAUACUCGCGCACUGCUGUCAGGCAAGCAUACCCCUACGUCGCUCAAUACUUGGCGGAGCGAUUGUACCGUAAUCUAUAGGAUACGCCAAACUUCUUGCACUCCUGACGCAUGCACGCCUCAGGAGCAGAGGCCCUCCAAUUUAUUGUGUUGCGCAGCAAGUGUUGUCCUCCAUGGCAUCGCCUAGGAUCCCGGUAGUGGUAGCCUGCGGUAAUAAUUGAGUCUCGACUGCGGCGCGUC